UCUUGGUUGUGUGAUGGUUUCACGAUGUGUUUAUGUGCCAGACCAAGCAGAGUGCACACUUAAACACGUGCAGUUCAUAUUAAUUAAACUUCACCGAAACCUUAAAGAAGAAACGUGGGUUCCAGCCGGCUGGGCGGAGGAACCCCUGCUGCAGCUGACGCUACCGCAUCAGGGGUGGCUGCUGCUCCAAGAACUGUGCUGGCCGCUCGCCUCUGGGGACUCGACUCGCCAAGACUUAUGUCACCAACCCAAGACCAUGUCAUCCUGGGGCUCAGCUGGUCCCCUCUGCCUCCGAGGCCGGGGGAGACUGGACGCAGGAAUAGAGGCUCCAGGGAGCAGCCAGAAGCCGGGAGAACCCGGAAGAGAAAGGAGAGGACAUCGCCACGUGACGGGAAAGCCCAGGAGCCCGAGGGUCGCCAGCAGUGAGAGCCCCCAGCCCCGGGGAAGCCGGCCCUCCGGCCUCCGAGACCAAGCGCCGGCGCGCUCCUGUCAGCUGCUGUCGUUGAAGCCAGCCGGGGUGCGCGGGUGCUGGUUGGCAGGAGCUGGAGAAGACCCCGAGGCAUCCGGAGAAGGGGCAGCGACUCCUCGGAAUCAGCGUUGACUCAGCACCGGGUCGGGGCUCCCGGCUGCCGUGACCAGGGCCUGGGGCAGCGCUGCGAGGACAGGUGUCGGGAUGGCCGGGCACGCGCAGCCCGUUGUCUCACACCAGGGUGGCGGCUUCGGGGCCCACGGCGGCGUCUGCCCUCCAGUCGGGAGGAGCCGCCCGCACGCUCCGUGGCUGUGGGCUUGGAGCCCGUGACGCGCACACUCGCCUGCCACCCCGAAGCCCAGCGAAGGGCCACGAGGUUCGUUGGGUGUACAGGGCUUGUUCAGAGAGGCUUCCCAGGCCUUCCAGAAGCUUCUGCAGCCGUCUGCACAUGCACCCUUCCUCUCAAAGUCCAGCAGGUUAAGGAAUCCCCGAAGAAACUGGGAGCCCAAAGUGGGGGUGGGGAGGGGCCGCUGCGAUGGGGCCACAGCACCCCGCCCCGGCUGUUCCACGGCCAGAGGCUCACGCCGCCCUGAGCCCUCCUCCCUCAGGAGCCCCCUCCAUUGGGAGCGCCGUCCAUCGGGAGCCCCCUCCCUCGGGAACCCUCGCUGUCACAGACGGCGACCACUGUGGUCCUGGCAGUGUCCGGCCAGCUGCCCCCCGAGUGGGGUAGGGUGGGGUGCCGCCCGCCGAGGGGCUGGGGUGGCAGCCGUCCAGCUCGUGUGCUCGAAGGCUGCUGCUGGCCCCAGGAGGCCCCUCCCCAGGUUUCCCAGACUGUUCUCUGGGACGACCCAGUUUAAAUAUUAAAAAAAGGUCACA